UUGAAAUGAGACCGGAACACACACAAAAACAGAAACAACAACAGUUACUUCACCCUCGCUCGACUACUGCAGUGACCAGUCGGUGUUUUCCACUGCGUAACCGGACAGGAACCAUCAAAGGGAUUUGAUUUAUUUUGGGAUAUGUCGGUGGAAAACCAACUAUGUGGAAGUCCCGUCGAAUUUGUCAGAGAUGAGGGGGCGGGGAAUGGAGCGAAUUGUAACUUUGACUUUUAAAUGAUUUACCUCCGUGUUUCAGUCGAGCACGGUUUUUAUCUCGAGUAUUUAUAGUGACGACGAUUAGCUUUGCGACUGACUCGAUGAGCCGGAGAGCGGAGCGGAGCAGCGGGGCAGCCAGCCUCCUGUGGCCGCUGCUCGGUGCGUGUCUGUGGGCUGCCGCGGUCGCCUACAAGCCGGUGAUCAUCGUGCACGGCUUGUUCGACAGCUCGGGAGAUUUUAAGAACCUCCAGCGCUUCAUCAACGAGUCUCAUCCUGGAACAAAUGUGACCGUAAUUGACUUGUUCGACCGAAGUUCCAGCCUGCGGCCCAUGUGGAAGCAGGUGGAUGGUUUCAAGGCGGCCAUUUAUCCUAUCAUGCAAAAUUCAGCGGAGGGAGUCCAUUUUAUCUGCUACUCUCAAGGCGGACUGGUUUGCAGGGGAAUCUUGUCCACUUUGCCAGAUCAUAACGUGCAUUCCUUCAUCUCGCUGUCCUCGCCUCAGGCCGGGCAAUAUGGCGACACCGACUACUUGAAGUACCUGUUUCCUCAGUUUGUUAAGUCCAACCUGUACCAUCUCUGUUAUACAGCCAUGGGCCAGAGAAUAUCUAUCUGUAACUAUUGGAACGACCCCCACCACAGGGACAUGUACGCCAACAGCAGUGAUUAUCUGGCACUGCUCAACAGCGACAGACCCAAUCCAAAUUCAACAGAAUGGAAGAAAAAUUUCUUGAGAAUCAACAAGCUGGUGCUUAUCGGAGGACCAGACGAUGGCGUCAUCACUCCCUGGCAGUCGAGUCAGUUUGGAUUCUUUGACGCCAACGAGACCGUUGUUGAGAUGCAGCAACAAGGCGUCUACUUAAGGGACGUCUUCGGUCUGAAGACGCUGGCGGCUCGUGGCGAUCUGAUCUUGUGUUCUGUUGCUGACGUCCAGCAUGUCUGGUGGCACUCCAAUGAGACUGUAUUUCACACUUGCAUGGAGAGGUGGCUGGUUUAGAACCGAACAAACUCAACAUUUUUUCUGAAAUUAUCUUCUAACUGCAUUACGGGGGGGGGGGGACUCAGUUUACAACACAGUUCUGUUACGGCAGCAAUAUUUGUUUGAAAAAAAAAAAAAAUACUUCUGGGCCAUAAAUAUGAAAAACAG